CAAACGGUCGCUUUCGUACGAGGUUCGAAAAAUGUUAUUCAAAAAAAAAACGUUGCGAUGUCUGUAAAUUUUACUUCUACAAAACUUUUGACAGUUGAUAACAGUGCUGUGAUUUAUUCUCAUUUUAAAUAAACCAAACCAAAAAAAUAAUAGUGAACGUUAAAACUGUCCUAAUUUUAAAAUCGAUGUAAAGAUAUUUUUGAAUUUUCAAAGAGUGACUUUAGAUUAAAAGCUUUUAAAGUUCGUAUAAAUAACGACCAUACCCUUUUAAUCAGGUGAAUUAUCCAAAAUGGGCUGUGAACUGACCAAAAUGAUUAAGUCCGAGCCCCAUGAUCUCAUGAACCAGCCGCCACCGCCUUCGGAUCCUCGAUGUCCUUUGACCACGAAGCAGCAGUACUGCAUGCUGGCUUCAUGGAAAGGUAUCUUCAGACAGAUCGAAAAGACUGGCGUAUUAUUGUUUAUCAAACUAUUCGAAGAGAACGAAGACCUACUGCAUCUAUUCGAGAAAUUCCAAGAGCUUCGGACCACGGAGGAUCUCUCUCAAUCCGAAGAGCUAGCGGAGCACGCCAACAAAGUGAUGCACACCCUGGAUGAGGGGAUCAAGGGCUUAGGAGAUAUUGACACAUUCUUGGCGUACAUACAGCAUGUAGGUGCCACUCAUCACCAAGUCCCUGGAUUUAAGGCAGAGAACUUCUGGAAAAUCGAGCAGCCCUUCCUUCAAGCGGCCAAAACAACUCUUGGCGAGAGGUACACGGCAAACGUAGAGAACAUUUACAAGCUCACGAUCAAAUUCAUCCUUGAGAAUCUAGUGAAAGGAUACGAGGACUCGGCCGGGAAAGAAAUCGGGAACAACGAGACCACGUAGUCCUGGCCAACAGUGAUCUUUGUGUAAAAAACCUUUCGAAACCAUCUUGAGUCUUUUGCUCAUUUAAACUUUUAUGAAAAUCGUAAAAGAAAUAAACCGCAUAACGAAGAUGCUUAAAAACUCCUAUUUGUAAUCAGGGGAAUUGUUUCAUCAUCAUCAUCAUUCUUUCCUAUUACCCUCUGCUGGGGUGUAGGGCUCGAAUCAAGUUUUUCCAUUUAUAUCGGUCUUGGGCAGUCUGUUCUAGCUCCUCCCACGUCAUGCCCAAGACCCCUAGCUCCUGCUCCACCGAGCGACGCCAAGUUGUUCUGGGGCGGCCUCUGGGGAAUUGUUUGGUUGAAUUUAAAACUCUUGUCAGAAUACUUUGUGUUUAAUAAUAUCUGUGUACAGGAUCAGUAUUAUUUUGUUAGGCUGACCAUGAAACGAAAAGUUUUUCGAAAAUAGCAUCAACGCCAUAUUUCAAUGUCUCGCAACCCGAAUGAAACUUCUAUCAGAACAUUUCAUUUUAUUUAUCAAUAAUAAUUGUGUGCGAGUAUUUUUUGCGUAAAAACAUCGUCUCUUUUUAAUUUGAGGCCUGUAUAUUUAAAGUUUCGUACCAAAGCUUUCUCUGAUAAUUUUUAUCACGAUCCUAAACAUAUUAAAAUCACUGAGGCUAAUACGUAUUAUAACGACUAUAGAUACAAUAGUUGCCACAGACUCGUUGACUAUCGUAAUAACAAUUAAAAAUCUCUAUGGAAUAAUAAAACUGAACUGUUUUUGUUCGGCGCGUAAUGUAACGCUAUCAAAAGUCAGUUCACGCGUAAGGUCAACGUCCUAGCCAUCGCUAGUGACGCAGGAGCCUAACUUGGCGAUUAUCACAAUACACAAUUGGAACUUACUAAGAUGAAUUAAAGUAUUUAAUAAGCUUAGCUGAGAAUCUUAUUAACGAUAUUCAGUUUAUUGUUUUUCCUUUGUAUUCUUAAAUCUCAACAUUUUGGCCUCAAGUGUAAUUUGUACACUCUAUAAAGUAAUCAAGCAAUGUAAUUUAAACAAAUAUUGUAUUACAUAAGAACGCUUAAUAUCAUAAUUUAGAUUUAAAUAAAGAAGAACAUCUUCGAUUUUAUAA